ACAGUCGAGCAUGUGUGAGGAGUGCAUGAAUUCUCAGUAAUACAUUAUUAAUUCAGUGUCUUUUUUUAGCAUUUAAUAAAUUUGGCAUGUAUGGAAUGAAGUACUUUAUAAGUAUUUUGAGCUGACGGAGGCCUGUGAUAAAUCAACAGAUACUGAUAUAUUGAAACAUGUGGAUAAGGUUAUGGAUAAAGUUAAAGAAUGCUUGAGAGAUUUCCCUAAAGAGGCUCGGGAGCUGUACCUCAAUGAUGCAGUGCCGUACUUGGACAAGCCUCUUUCUCCACUUCAGUUUUAUCGCGAGUGGAUUGGCCCCAACAAGCCUUGCAUCCUUCGCAACGCCUUCAGCGAUUGGCCAGCUUUGUCUAAAUGGAACCCCACAUAUCUCCGAGAGAAAGUGGGCUCCAAAGUCAUCAGUGUGGCCGUGACUCCAAACGGAUAUGCAGAUGCUGUGAACGGGAAUCGCUUUGUGAUGCCAGAGGAGCGUCAGAUGACCUUCUCCUCUCUGCUGGAUAUUGUGGAGGGAAAGAUGAAGAGGAGUGGGGUGUUUUACGUUCAGAAACAAUGCUCAAAUCUGACGGAUGAGAUCCCGGAGCUGACAGGAGACGUACAGACUCAUAUUCCCUGGAUGAGUGAAGCUCUGGGAAAACUUCCAGAUGCUGUGAAUUUCUGGCUUGGGGAGGAAAGUGCUGUCACAUCAAUGCAUAAAGAUCAUUAUGAGAACCUAUAUUGUGUGAUUUCUGGACAGAAAGAGUUUAUUUUACUUCCUCCGACUGACAGACCUUUCAUACCAUAUGAGCUCUACCAGCCAGCAACAUACAGACAGAAAGACGACGGCACCUUUGAAAUAGUGGAUGAAGAAAACUCACCCAAAGUGCCGUGGAUCCCCCUAGACCCACUGAAGCCAGAUUUUGAGCGGUUUCCCUCCUACAGACAUGCCAAAGCUCUGCACUGCACUGUUAAAGCAGGAGAGAUGUUGUAUCUGCCCUCACUCUGGUUCCAUCAUGUGCAACAGUCUCACGGCUGCAUAGCAGUGAAUUUCUGGUAUGACAUGGAAUAUGAUAUUAAGUAUAACUACUUCCAGCUGGUGGAGUCUCUAACAAACGCUGCGGGAUCACUUUGAGGCUUUUAUCACAUCAUACAUUCAGCUCAAAGGUGAACAUUUGGUGGAUAUAAACCAUUAUCAACAGCUGUUGGCUUUACAUAUGGAGGCUUGUGCAAUUUCAUUUUUAGCAAUAUGGAAUAAAUAUUGCUAAUCUGUGUAAAAAUGUCAAA